AAACCAUAAUACUGGUAAUAUAACAUAUAUUUUGUAUAUAUACACACACCCCUAAACAGUUUUGCUUAAUUGUAUUGACACAUCAAAAAAAAAAAAUGGAUAAAAAGCCCAUUUUGUCAGUGGUAAAUAACCAAAAAAUAGAAGCACAAUGUAGAAAAAAUAUUGACUGCAUUUUACCUGGUAUCAUAAUAAUACAUUUAUUUUGAUAACAGGUAAUUCUGGGUGAAUAUUAAGCAUUUCUACAACAACAACAACAAUAAUAAUAAUAAAAGGUAUUUUAGUAACAUAUUUUAGCACUAUUCUACACCUAUACAUUGACGCGGGGUGCAAAAUGCAUGUAGUGAAACUUUGUUUUAUUUUAUGUCUCAGAAAUAAAGCUUGAAAUCACAGUGGUUACUUCUUCGGCAGGUAUCGCUGUACCGAAAUUCAAUCUGUACAUUUAAUAUGAGGAAAACUGAGUGAAUAAAUUGUAUUAGAGGCGGGCAAUAUAUUUUCCUGUAGUUUCCUUUGUUCCACUUCCAUAUGUGUGAAACAAUGCCAACCACAUUUAUUAUGGAGAAGAAAGUUGCUCCGUUGUCGGAAAUUGUUAAACUACGUCUUCCAGCUUUUGUCUCGGAAAAAAACUGUCAGUUAAAAAUCUAGCGCAGUAUUAAUCUUCAACAGAAUGAGUUGCAGUUGCCGACAAACGUAAAUACUGACCACAUUGUGCAGAGGAAAUGUUAAUAAUACCCAUAUUAUUUUGUAUGUGACAUUCACAUAUUUCAUGAGUAGGUCGUUGACUUGUUUUUCGGUAUAAUGAAACACAAUGAAAUAAUGGUAUUAUAACAUAUAUUUUUAUCUAAUUAUAUAUUUCAUAUAAUUAUUUGCAUUCGGUGCCUCGUUAUCUUCAGACGUUUUCGGUCACAUUACUUCGUUAAAUGUGUCUGGAUCUUUGGAAGGAUUGAUCCAGUAUGUUUAUAAAGCUGUAAAAGCCACGAGCAAUUGAAAGUAAUAAAACGGAGCGCGCUAUCAAUCAUGGCACACUGGCGUGGCUCUGAGCUGAAAUGAUCUAAAAUGAAACAAUACGAUGAUUUUAUAUCAUUGUUAUUGUUAUGGUUAACUUCGUAUGUGAAUUUGCAUGUACUUUUGCAUGGUUUGGCAUGCGGAUAAAAGACAACUAAAAUAUAUACGAAUUUACUCGCUUCGAAGCUUUUACAGAGGGAAAAUACAUUUGGCAAACAGACGAUUCUUUGAUCGUUUGGAGAAAAAGGUGUAUUUAUGCCUGUCACGCGCACAAGAAAUACAUUAAUAUAUACACAUAUAUACAAUCCAUACCGUUUUGUCCUAUAUAUAUACACACACACAAAAUAAAUCGUCGUCAAAUCUUAUGAAAGGAAAGAUUUAAACAGACCCCAGACAUUAAAUUGCCAUGUGAAGUUCCGGUGCUUCAUUCGAGUUCGCCAGGAAAUCCGAUAAGAAGCAGAGAAUCCACACUCCUCUUUCCAUCUUAGCGCGGCGAACGCUAAUCCAUCGCAACCAGUAUUUCCCUAUAACUACGUGUGGUGAUGCGAAUUGUCCCGGUUAUCUCACCAGAUUGCCGAAAUAUAAAAGAUGAGCUGAAUCAAUUUAACAGAGGACAGAGAAAGAAAAGAGCAAAACCGCCAAAGUUCUCGCUUGGACGCAUCUUUUGUGAGCCUCCGUGGACAUUAUUCACUCCGAAAUAGAAACCGCUUUUAUAAACAUCCGUGCUGACAUCUGCUAGCAGUUGUUUACUGUUUUUGGGUUUCUGUAUUUUUAAGAGUCUGUGUGAAUCCAUCUGUAUGGAAGAUGUAAUUGUGCAGCGUUUUUGUUGUAUAUUUGGUGAAAAUAUAUUUCUGAUUUGUUUAUGUCUGCUUUGGGCAAAAUAAUUAACCUUAAUUUAGUCUAUUUGGAUGAAAAAUCAAUAUUGUUAAAGCAAUUGAUUAGUACCUAAAGCAUGUUUGUGUGUGCAUUUAUUUUGUUGAGUUUUUCCGCUCCCCAUGACACCGGGAAGGAAGGAGGGGGCAAUGAUUUCUUUUAAAAAGAGGAAAUAUCUUAUAAAGUAGUCAUUUACAGUGAGAUUUCCACUUAAUUGUGCACUUAAUUUGCUCAAAUAUAAUUUACAAUAACUAUACACUGAUUUGACAGUGAAAUCUAAACAGUAGUAAAUCAGUACAAAUUUAUACCGAUUUUUCUAUAAUCCUAGUAAUAAAAGAUUAUAGAUUUGGCGCUAAUUACAUAAAUGCCUAAUGAUCUUGAAAAUUACCCUGGUUAGAAGUAUAUUACUAAUCUAAACUUUGUUGUUGGCAUGCUCUGAGAAAUCAGAACAUUAGAAAUGGUUCGCUUCGUUUCUGGGAGGUGGCCCUUCAAAUAUUUAGAAUCAAAGAACCUGAAUUAUUGAUUGGAAAACGAACAAAUGCAGGAAAUAACUUUACUGCUGAAAUGGAAACACGCGCAAAAUACCCUAAAGCUGAGGUGGCCACAAGCGUUGUAGUUAUAUUGCUAUCUAUGACAACUAAUAUGCCAUAUCAAAUAGGUUUACAAAUAAAUGUUGCAAAUAACCUUUGCCUCGCCCAUGUUAACAUGUUAAUAUUUUCAUCAGAGACAUUUAGCUUUCCUUACCCCUUACUGUAAUUAGGCUAUGUGUUUGCUUUGAAGCUUUAUAAAAAAGAUUAAGCAAAUGAGGUAUGUGAAAGCAAUGUCCACUUAACAUAUCUUAAACCACAUAAAUGUGAAGAAAUAUUCUGAAAAUACUGGAGUGUAUUAAGUGUGGUUUGCAGUCGUAAUAGAAAUUAAAUCAGGUCAUUUUAAAGAGUAUAAUUUGAGGUGGAAAGUUAAUAAAUCAGAUUUGAAAAUGAGAAGAAAUAGACUUGUGAACGUAGCUCCAGUACGAAUGUGAGUGGCUGUCGACGGAGGCUCGCGGUGCUGACAUUUUCAAGCUUCAAUUCUGAUUGGUUCUUAUUUGAAGAAGCUCAUGGGUUCAUUCAACUAUUAAGCGCCUCCCCAUCCCUCUAAAGGACAUUAUAAUGCAAGGGACCUCCUUUUUAAACACAAACCGAAUUUUCUUUCAUUUAGGCUAUAUAUAUUUUUAAAUAGUUUAAAGUCAUAGAAAAAUUUUUGGAAAGCAUUUCGCCCUGGAGCGGUGCGCAAUGCUAUCCCACGCCGACCUCCUGGAUGCUCGCCUCGGUGAGUUGUCACCAAACUCCGGUCUUCAACUCUACUGGAUGAAGGAUGCCGCGGUAGAGCUUCUAGGGCACAGGGAGGCACUGAAAUGUAGAUUGGGAUCCGGGGGUUCAGACCCCGGGCAUUCUGGUGAUCUAGCCCCGGGUUCCGACGCUGUUGAAGGAACCACGCUUCUCCCAGGAGACGAUAUCAACAAUCCUGGAUCCAAUCCUUCCGGCGUGCAGGUCAACAACAGUAAAGACCAAGAAAAACAGCAGCAGCAACAAAAUCCCAAUCAGUCGAGUGGGCAGCAAAGCCAGAAACAGAAGCGGCACCGGACCCGUUUUACUCCGGCCCAGCUUAACGAACUGGAGAGAAGUUUCGCCAAAACGCAUUACCCAGAUAUCUUCAUGAGGGAAGAACUAGCGCUGAGAAUCGGUCUCACAGAAUCACGUGUACAGGUUUGGUUUCAAAACAGACGCGCCAAGUGGAAGAAGCGUAAGAAGACAACGAACGUGUUCCGCGCUCCGGGUACACUGCUGCCUACUCAUCACGGCCUGCCACAAUUCCCCUCUGCCGCGGCCGCUGCGGCUGCCAUGGGCGACAGCCUCUGCUCUUUUCAUGCCAACGAUACCCGCUGGGCCGCGGCAGGGAUGCCUGGUGUUUCUCAGCUUCAGCUCCCGCCCGCUUUGGGCCGACAGCAGGCUAUGGCGCAGUCCCUAUCCCAGUGCAGCCUUGGAGCUGGUCCCCCUCCCAACUCGAUGAGCCUGUCCAACAUGUCAUCUAAUGGCUCCGGGCUGCAGUCACACCUCUAUCAGCCCACAUUUCCUGGUAUGGUGCCCGCCUCCCUCUCCGGUCCGACUAAUGUGACCGGCUCUCCCCAGCUCUGUAGUUCUCCGGACAGUGACGUCUGGAGAGGGACCAGCAUCGCCUCACUUCGCCGAAAAGCACUGGAGCACACAGUCUCCAUGAGCUUCACCUAAUGAUGAUGAUCGAAGGAAGCUCGUUUUUCUUUCCCGCCUUUUUAUGCCAACAUAUGAGUAACACACCAGGAAGUCUCAGGAUGUAAAAUUCUUCAAGCAAAAACGGAAAACGGAGACUGGUUGUGUAUUUAGGCGAUUAAAUUUUAACCACAUUACCCAUGGGACAAAAAUAGGCGGACGCUGCAGGCAUUCACGGAGUUUAUGUAUUAUUGAAUCCAUUAUUUUUGCUUAAGUCUAAGUUUGUCUAUUUAUUUAUAUAUUUAUUUAUUUGUUUAUUUAUUUGUUUAUUUAAUCUUACAUUUUUGUUGUACUUUUGAGUUCCGCUGGGGUUUUCGUAAACGUAAAAAUGCGUACAGUAAAAUAAGCUGACAUAAAGUUAUUUAUAUCUUCUAGUCUAAUUGUUUUACCUGCGAAACUUAAUAAGCGGGGAUAAGGAGACGAAGUCCAAAGCCACCUGCACUGCAUGCGAUAACGGGCUCCAGGCAUGCGCAGUGCACGUGCGUAUUUGGAACCCUGGUUGUUUGUACAGUUGGAGAAAAAACACGAUUUAAACAUGAUUCAACCCAGAAGAAGAUGAAGAAAAAAGAAUGAAAAAAUACACUUGAAAAUCAAUGAACUUUAAAACCUGCUUAGUCUGCAUGUGCUGGCCAAGAUAAUACACCGGGGAAUUAUUAUUUAUAAGACAAGAAAAUAAAAUUUAAACUGUUAUAUAGGAUGUUUUGUGUAGAUAAAGCAUUCUUGUUACCUUCUGGUCAAUUUGUGAUAUGUUCUAAGUUAUUGUCUGUGCUUACUAUUGACACUGGAUUUCCUAAAUGUUUGAUCUU